AUGCCCGACCCAGUCUCCUCGCUCAGCGCGAUCGCCCUUGAAGUCGAGGCCGGGUCCUCGGAAGCGCUCAACCAGCGCCGCACGCGGCGUGUCUAUCUCGGCCCCGACGUGCUCCGAUCGACCAAGCUAUCCGCAGGGCAAUGGGUGCUCGUCAAAGCUAAGCAUCCCUCUGGAUUGGGAUGGAUCGUGGGCCAGGUGUGGCCGCGUGUUGGACUGGACGACGGCACCCUGGCGCUCGCGCACACACAGCUCGCUAACCUUGGGGGAAGGGAGGUCGACGUGUUCCGCUUCCCCCUGGCUGCGUGCAAGGGUGUUGCGAAGACCGUGACGGUCAAGUACACUGGACCCAAGAAAGAAGAAGGGGAGGGGAGGAAACGCGAGGUCGAAUGGGAGCGCGCCGCCGUCAAGGAGUCCCUUGCUGCGACCAAGUACGUUGCGGCUGGCUUCAGGGUCGCGGUGGGCGAGGACGAUCCUACGUACGAGGUGACGGCGGUCGAAGUGUCCACUAAGGUGGCAGCUAAGAUUGGCCCUGACGCCGUCGCGAACGACCUCGGCGCGAUGUCCCUCUCCGACGCGCCCAUGGUGUUUGAGGCCGAAUGGCGCACCAAGGUCGUGUUUGAGGACGAGACGGAGGAGGGGAAGCAGGCUGCUGCUGCAGCAACUGGGAAGCCGUCGUUGUCUUCAGCAUCUACCACGGCGCUCCCGUCAUACAUCAACAUCUUCACGCCCGCGGAGCAAUCCGAGUCGGCGUACAAGCUCCUGGGCGGUCUCGACGCGCAGAUCAAGGCCGUACGCGCUCUUAUCGAUCUGCCGCUCCAGCAGCCUGAGCUUUUUACGCGCUUCGGCCUGGCACCUCCGCGCGGCUUGUUGCUGCACGGCCCACCGGGAACGGGCAAGACCGCGCUUGCGCGAGCGAUUGCAUCCUCAACGCCAGGGUGUAGCUGUAUCGUCGUCAACGGCCCAGAACUCUCCUCGGCAUUCCACGGCGAAACAGAAGAGCGCCUGCGCGGUGUGUUCGAGGAGGCGCGCCGCCGCUCACCCUGCAUCAUUGUCCUGGAUGAGGUGGACGCCCUGUGCCCCCGUCGCGACGGUGGCGAGGGUGGAGAGGUCGAGCGGCGCGUCGUUGCGAUGCUACUCACGCUCAUGGAUGGAAUGACGGCCGACGCGGGAGAGAAAGUCAUUGUGGUGGCUGCGACGAACCGGCCGAACGCCAUCGACCCAGCUCUGCGUCGCCCGGGGCGCUUCGACCGCGAGAUCGAGAUUGGCAUCCCGGACGCUGUUGGGCGAAAGCACAUCCUCGAUAUCCUCCUGUCCAAGAUGCCCAACUCGUUGAGCCCUGAGGACGUCGCCGCGAUUGCUGCUCGCACGCACGGUUACGUCGGUGCAGACCUGACCUCGCUCGUGCGCGAGGCAGCGAGUACAGCGAUUACGCGCUGGCAUGCCUCGCCGUCAGGCGAGCCGGAGCUCACCCACGCCGACGUGCUCGCCACUCUUCCCAACAUCAGGCCGAGUGCAAUGCGCGAAGUCUUCGUCGAGACCCCGACUGUGCGGUGGUCUGACAUCGGUGGCCAGGACGAGGUCAAGGCCAAGUUGCGCGAGUGCGUCGAGUGGCCUCUCACCCACGCGGCGACGUUCACCCGCCUGGGCGUGGAGGCACCCAAAGGCGUCCUCCUGUACGGCCCACCGGGAUGCAGCAAGACAAUGACAGCCAAGGCUCUGGCGACUGAGAGCGGGCUCAACUUCCUCGCCGUCAAGGGGCCGGAGUUGCUGAACAAAUAUGUGGGCGAGAGCGAAAGGGCGGUACGCGAGAUAUUCCGGAAGGCGCGCGCGGCUGCGCCCAGCAUCGUGUUCUUUGACGAGAUUGACGCGCUCGGCGCUAACCGCGAUGGCUCGGAUGGCGCGCACGGAGGCGUCCUCACGUCCCUCCUGAAUGAGAUGGAUGGCGUUGAGGCGCUCUCGGGCGUCACUGUUGUGGCAGCAACGAACCGCCCGGACGUCCUCGACCCUGCCCUCACCCGGCCCGGCCGCCUCGACCGUAUCCUGUACGUCGGUGCGCCGGACGCCCAGACGCGCCGCGACAUUUUUGCCCUCCGCUUCCGCUCCAUGGCGGUCGAGCCCGGCGUCGACCUCGACGAGCUCGCUCGUAUUACGGAGGGUUGCUCCGGUGCCGAAGUCGCGUCCAUCUGCCAAGAUGCAGCGCUGGCCACGAUGAACGAGGACCUCAAUGCGCCGUUCGUCAAGAAAUCCCACCUCCUCAACUCGGCAUGCACUGUGCGGCGGCGCAUCACGCCGGCCAUGCUCCGCUUCUUCGAGGAGUGGCGCGACCAGAGCGGGAUCAGGAGUGCCUAG